CUCGACCUGACCGGAAAAAAACGUAUAUAUGUAUUUUUUUGCUCGACUUUUUCGCAUGCACACUGUUCUCUUCCUGUGCAGCAGAUUUUGGUGCGGCAUUGGACCCCCAGCUUCAAGCCGAUGGUGGGAAGCCUUGGAAAUUGACAUCUGGAGACCCAACCCCAAUCCUUCAAGACCCCAUGAUGCAAAUGGGAAUGGGGGCUCUGCAGCAAACGCCACCCGUCGGUACUGUAGCGGAGACAACAAUGGGAUUCCAAAGGGGAUUGAAUCUUCCUCCAGACAUCCAUCUCCCAGGAGUUAUAGAUGGAGGAGGCGGCAAUGGAUCAGUGAUGACAACUAAGACCCCGCUGGGAACAGUCUUGCCUAUGGCGGACCCCGGUUUUGCGUCGCAGGCCCAAGACCAGAAUCAACCUGUUCAUGAUCCGCUGACAUUUACUCUGGAUCCUACAGAUCAAGGCACUAUGGACCAGGGCACCCUUCCUUUGGAGCAGGGAACUGUUCCUUUGGACCAGGGGACCAUUCCUAUGGAUCAGGGGACUGUUCCUAUGGACCAGGGCACUCUUCCUAUGGACCAGGGGACUUUUCCUAUGGACCAGGGCACUCCUCCUGUGGAUGUUGACACUUUUUCGACCGAUCCAGCCUCACAUCCUUUGGACGAGGACCUGGAGUAUAAUUACCCAGCGUUGCAGAGGUGGCCCCCAGGUGCAGCUGCGGUGACAGGCCUGGACAUUCCCUCCACCUACAGUGAUUUGGGGGGAGCGAGCAGUAGAGGGAUGCAGUUGCCGAACACGUCAGGGGGUGAUGAGGGUGUAAUUGCUGCCGAUCAUCAGGGAGGUGUAGUCCAUCCACAAGGUGCUGAAGGGACUGCAUGGUGUGCUGACGUGGGCUGCCUGAUCGACAAGGUGGCAUUGCGUGUUUCACGCAUCGUCAUCACAUCUAACAUUGUCCUAGGAGGAGCCAACCUACCUCCAGUAAACUAUAAUGCCACCAUUGUGGGGAAGUGUGCCCCCGAUCCAUGUAAGAUUGAUGGAGAGGGCAGGGUGCAGUUGUUCCUGGUGGAUAUGGACGGUCAGCUCACGCUGAAGAACCUGGAGCUGACACGUGGCAAGUCCGUGACAGGCGGAGCCGUGUUUGUCGCCGGUGGGCACCCUGGUAGAGGAGGAAAACUUGUUACUGUUGACGUGCAGUUCACGAACAAUGAGGCUUCUGUGCUAACGGUGUCUUUUGAUUGGAGGCAUGCUGUUAUUGUCAUUGCCAUUGUUAUGAUAAUCAGCCAGGAGUUUACUUCUGUACAACAUUAAAAAAACUUUUAAGCCAACAAAUGUAUGUAGAAAAAGGAAUGAAACAAAACUCUGGUC